AUUCAGGUGACUGAUUCUAAAAAGACGCCCACAUCGGAUGCUGAGCUUGUGACUGAGACAACCGACUGUAACUGGUAAACCGGCGGAUGACCGAAAACAAGAGUUGUCGACACACUCUCCACUGUUCAGUGCUUACAUGCCAACUAAUAAUAUUCAGUAUAGUAACGUUACAUGGUCCAUCUCUUGAUUUUGCGCUCAGCAGACUGUUUCGGUUCAGAAAAUCCAAACACGAAGCAGUAAAGCUCACCGGUCAACGAAAAGCGAGCAGCAGAGAGAAGACUAGCCUACCAAGUCGGACAUUAUCACAAUUCUCAAACAAUAGGUCGGAAUCACUUGAAUGCGAAGAUGACAGACGCGGUCGUAGACGGUAAAUUGGAGCUGGUGAAACAGGCAACGAAAUAUGUAAAAGAGACCGAGAACGUCGCGGAAAAAUAUUCGGCGAUGACCGUUAGCAAGAACAGCGACAUGAACAUGAAUGUCGGUGAAUUGCAGUCCGCCGCAUUUACUGCGGUGCCCACUCUCAAAUCUGUCAAGAAGAUCCAGUUUGCGGAGGAUAAACAGGAGUUUCAGAAGUACCCCACUAAGGCCGGCCGGCGCUCCCUAUCUCGCUCCAUCUCCCAGUCCUCCACAGAUAGCUACAGCUCAGCUGCGUCCUACUCAGACAGCUCAGAUGACGAGACCUCUCCUCGGGACAAGGCCCAGGCCAACUCCAAGGGCAGCAGCGACUUCUGCGUUAAGAACGUCAAACAGGCAGAGUUCGGCAGAAGGGAGAUCGAGAUCGCAGAGCAAGAUAUGUCAGCCCUGAUCUCGCUGAGGAAGAGAGCCCAGGGGGAGAAGCCUCUAGCUGGGGCGAAGAUAGUGGGCUGCACCCACAUAACAGCUCAGACUGCAGUUCUGAUUGAGACCCUGGUAGCUCUUGGAGCUCAGUGUCGUUGGACAGCCUGUAACAUCUACUCUACUCAGAACGAGGUGGCUGCUGCCCUGGCAGAGACUGGUGUGCCUGUGUUUGCGUGGAAGGGCGAGUCAGAGGAUGACUUUUGGUGGUGCAUCGACCGCUGUGUCAACACGGAAGGCUGGCAGGCCAACAUGAUUCUGGAUGACGGAGGGGAUCUGACCCACUGGGUUUAUAAGAAGUACCCCAGCGUGUUUAAGAAGGCUCAGGGCAUCGUGGAGGAGAGUGUCACUGGAGUCCACAGGUUGUACCAGCUGUCCAAGGCAGGCAAGCUGUGUGUCCCGGCCAUGAAUGUGAAUGACUCUGUUACCAAGCAGAAGUUUGACAACCUCUACUGCUGCAGAGAGUCCAUCCUGGACGGUUUGAAGAGGACCACUGAUGUGAUGUUUGGGGGGAAACAGGUGGUGGUGUGUGGUUAUGGAGAGGUGGGGAAGGGUUGCUGUUCUGCUCUGAAGGCCCUGGGAGCCAUCGUCUGCAUCACAGAGAUAGACCCCAUCUGCGCCCUGCAGGGCUGCAUGGAUGGGUUCAGGGUGGUGAAGCUGAAUGAAGUCAUUCGGCAGAUGGACCUGGUGAUAACCUGCACAGGCAAUAAGAACGUGGUGACCAGAGAGCAGCUGGACCGGAUGAAGAAUGGCUGUAUAGUCUGCAACAUGGGACAUUCCAAUACCGAGAUUGAUGUGGCCAGCCUGCGGAGCCCGGAGCUUACCUGGGAGAGGGUGCGUUCUCAGGUGGACCAUGUGAUCUGGCCCGACGGCAAGAGGGUUGUCCUGCUGGCUGAGGGUCGUCUUUUGAAUCUGAGCUGUUCUACAGUGCCUACAUUUGUCCUGUCUAUCACAGCCACUACUCAGGCCCUGGCUCUGAUUGAGCUGUUCAAUGCUCCUGAGGGACGCUACAAACAGGAUGUCUAUCUGCUGCCUAAGAAGAUGGAUGAGUAUGUGGCCAGCUUGCAUCUGUCCAAUUUUGACGCCCACCUGACAGAGUUGUCUGAUGAGCAGGCGAAGUACAUGGGUCUGAACAAGAACGGCCCCUUCAAACCCAACUACUACAGGUAUUGACAGGAAUGGACAAUGCGGUGACCUGCAACCAACAUCUGAGGGAGAGAAAAAAAGAAAAAAAAAGAUUAAUUCUCUAUUUUAUUUUCUAAAUUGUUACAAAAAGGGAAGAAUAAUUAUUUUGCUUUUAAUGCCGAAUCUAAACUGUAUUAUUAACACUGUCGGGCAUAAUAAUAAUAACAUAAUAUCUAACUUGUCUGUUAGGUAUAUGAAUCAAUUCAUGCAUUUCAAUCAUAUGAAACAAGAGCAGAAACCAAUAUGUAUGUUCCAAAUGGCACCCUAUUCCCUAUAUAGUGCACUACUUUAGACCAGAGCCCUAUAGGCCAGGGUCAAAAGUAGUGCACCAACUAGAGUAGAAGGUUCCAUUUGGGACGUACCCCAAGAGAAGUAACCAUAAACAAAAAAAUCGUCAGUCAUAUAUUUUUUUAAAUACUCUUGUUUGCAUGAUUUUAUCUUAAAAAAUGAUUCAUUAAUUGUUGCUAAUGCUAAUUGUUGCUAAAUCACAAUGUUUAUUUGUUGGCGGCUGGUGGGAGGAGCUAUAGGAGGAGGGGCUUAUUGUAAUGGUUGGAACGGAAUACAUGUAACGGUAUAAAACACAUCAAACAUAUGGUAAUCACAUUAGACUCCGUUCCAUUAAUUCCAUUCCUGUCAUUACAAUGAUCCCGCCCUCUUAUAGCUCCUCCCACCAGCCACCACUGAUGUUUAUUCAUGGUUAAUUGUCAAUGUACUGUAGUUUUAUCUGCUCCUGAAAGUCAUAUGGUGGUGCCAAAUUAUUGGCCGUACAGUUAGAGAGGAGAAUGAGAGGGAUAUGUUUCCACACACACACAAACACACACACAUUGUCAGCGCACUGACAUCUUAAAUAAAGUACAUUCCAUGAGCCAGAAUUGGUGUUGUGAGCUCUUUUUUUAUGUCUAAUACAGUAUUUGACAAGUGUUUCAUAACUGAAACAAGGCCUUGAUGAAACUCGCUGACUGGUAUCUGCAUAUACAUACCUGUCAUUAAUGUCAGAGUGUGAAUAUGCCUUCUGAGCCAUUUGCUUAUCAGGUGACCUUCAACAUUCAGUUCAACUCAUUUGAUUAAGAGUUCAUAUAUUAGAAAAAUUCCAAGAUUUUAGAUUUGAGGUUAUUUUCAAGUUCUAGAAGAGGUCUGUUGGCCUAUAGUGACCUACUAUAUAUAAUCCGUUUCUUUUCUGCUUCUGUUCAUUGUUAAAUAACUUAUGUGUCAACGUGUGAUAAGGUACACUUCAUAUGUUCGCCUAUUUCUGCUUCCAUGUCCUUCUUUUUUGAUCAAGUAGAGGAUUUAUACUUCUCUUGUGACUGUUGUAUCUAUUAGAUAUCAGCAAUAAACUCUAAAUACUAAAUAAAAACA